UGUAUCCAACAGCCCUGUCUGUCCUCUUGUCCUCGCGAGCGACCGGCAAACGCUUUUUAAUAUGACCCUCUCUUCGCCCCCUUCUUCCGACCAUCACGACCUUCCAGCACACAGCACAUCCACAUCCACAUCAUCAUCAGCCCAAUCGGCAUAUUCCCUUCUUCACGAACAGCACGCUCUCCCUUGUCCUUGCACACAAUAUUUAUGCUCCAUCGGGACACUCUAUCCCGCCUCGCUUCCACAACAAACACUCAUCGAUUCCCAAUCAUCGCAAGCGCUCGACGAAGAACAAGAAGUAUCAGUCCUCCCAGCCGAUUACAGGCCCCAGAUCUGUCCCAUCCACAACCAACCAUACCCUUCCCCACCACUCACCGACUCUGAACUCAGACGAACCAUCCCGCUCCCGAAGAUCCAAACCGACGUGUCAAUCACCGCCUCGCACAUGCCUCAUGUUCUUCGCCACCCGCCCCUCCCACUAUCUCCACCCCCCACGUUACCUAUCACACCACAAGCGCUACCCGAAUCUUCCCCCGUCUCUCCAUCACCUCGCGAAGAACGCCCGUUUUUAACGUACAAUAUCGCGGGUGGCGAGAGCGAUGAUGGGGUCGAGGGUGAGGGGACAUCGGCACGGGUGGCGGGGUCGUCUGCUCUGGGAAAGAAAUCAGGAGCUUCAUCAGGGCCAGGACCCGGAGGUGGGGCAUCUGCGGAAGAUGAGAUGGAGGAGAACGAUAAUGUGGAGCUCUUGACACCGCUUUCGCCCAGUUGGGCGUUGGAGUUGGAGCAGGAGCAGGAUUCAGGUAUGGAUGUGCAUCUCUCGAGCGUCCUCGACCACGACCAGUCGGCGCUUAUGCGCAAACCGGAAGAUUUAGGGCGCUUGAUAGGUGUGGGGGCUAUGGGUUAUGUUCAAGAUGAUCAUUCUCCUGGAUCCAGUCGGCAUCACCAUCAUCCCUCCUCGGGUUUCGCGUCCAUGGUGAAGGAGGAUCGAAGUCUUUGGCUGCCUCAUAACGAUGAUGAUGAUGUACACGGUGCGCACGACGCGUCUCGUGAGGACGUCGAGUAUACGCAGACACCGUUUUCGAGGUAUACGGAGACGGACGACGACGACAGUUGGCACUCUUCCAACUUCACAGGUCCGUUUUUGCAGGGUUUGGAUAUCCCGGGCGCUUCGCCCUCGCCGGCCGGCGAUGAGUGGAUGGGCCCUCGCUCGCAGGAUUCUGACUCCGUCUCUUCUUCGUCUUAUCCAUCCGAGCUGGAUCUCGCCACACCUACGUCUCCUAACUUCCCCUGUCACUCUGGAUUCAAACAUCACGACGACGACGACAAAGUGUUCGGCCCCCACCGCCCCAUUCUACACGGCGAUACCAAUCAUCACGACGACGAUGAGGACGAUACCAUGAACGAGAGGCACCUCCACUUCACGGCGUCACCACGUAUGGGGCUCUCAGACCUCUUCGAUGUUUCUCCCUCUCCAUCGUCUGCUUUAUCCAGCUACAACCACGGCAACGUCGGCGUUCCUCUGUUCGGCCACGAUCAUGAUCAUUAUGACUCUGAUUCUGAAGAUGGACAUUCGCCUGUACUGGCGCCUCAAUCGCCCUCUCGCCGCAGCGUGUCGCUUCUGCCUGACCUCGACCUAGACGACUUGGAUCGCGAUACCCCACAGCCCCCAUCUCCUUCGUCUCCGUCUCGUCGUUCGUUCACAUCACUACCUGAUAUCGAUCUAGACAUGAACAUGAACGUCGACGUAGAACAUCCGGCUUCUCCGCGCCACCCUAAUAUGGACCUGGACAUGGACAUGGAUAUCGACGCAAACAGAGACAUCGACACAGAAUUGGAUCCCUCCUUAUCGAGCUCGACUUCCUCUUCGCCCGUCCCUUCGACUUCACCAAUGAAGCUCCUCUCCCUCCCCGGCGCCGACACCGACGACGACCUGAUCGUUCCCGAUCCGCCACCAAUACCCACCCCCAUCCUGCUCUCUUCCUCCUCACACACUCCCUCCCUCGGCCUCUUCCUCCCCCUUCUCUCCGCAUCCUCCGCAUCCUCCUAUCCCACCUACUUCCCUUCCUCCUCGGACACCUCCACAGACCCGCACGCCCAUCCCCACCUCCGUUCGCCCUCUCCCUCGCUCGGCGAUUCUUUCACCUCCGAACCUCCGGAUCUCGAAUCUCUUUUGCAAGAGUUCAAUGCCCUUCCGGAGGAAGUGAGAAACACGAAAGUGGAUAAGGGGGAAUUGGAGGGGUUGAUGAAUCUGAGGAGGAAGUAUUGGGGUAAAGAGAGGAACGCGAAGAGGACGGAGGGGAUGUGGGCGGAGGAGGCGAGGAGGGUGGCCGAGGGGAUUUGUGUGAGUCCCAGGGUCCCUGGGGCGGUCGUUUGUGAGAUGGACGAGGAUGAGUGCGUCGAGGGUGAGGGCUCUUCUUCUUCAUUAUCCUCUGGAUCGUCGUCUACGAGGAAAGAGAAGGAGAAGGAGAGAGUGCCGGAUCCGAUGUGGGCGAUUAGGAGGGAGUUGGGGUUGGCGGAGGCGAGGAGGGCAGAGGCGAGGAAGAUCAGGAAGAGGGAGAAGGAGAGGGGAAAGGAGUUGCAUGCGCUCUUACGACUCAAGCUCAGCGAACACGCGUCUUUCACCCAAGCUCAAGUCUCGAUCGCUCAUGUUGACGAUAGCACGAGUGCGGACGAUGCCGAUAUGGGUGAAGUUGAGGUGAAAAGUGAGGGUGAUGCGGGAAAUGGUGGGCUAGGAUUGGAGGGCGUGAGCGCGAACGCGAAGGGCAAGAAGACGAUCGGAAGUUCGUCGCAGUUGGUGGCGCGAAUGUUGUUCAAGAGGAGGGAUACCAGUCGACCGUUGAGUGGGAGGAAGGUGGCGAACGAGAGGGGUCCGGGUGGAAGGAGGAGCUCAUCGAGGCUUUCGAUCUCAAGUGCGAGCGAGGCUGAAGCUGAAAGCGACAGCGAAAGCGAAAUGCGGAGCGGGGGUGACGCUCAAGAGCCGAGUGAGAGGGGGAGGUCGAUGGAUAGGCGGGAGCUCCUGGCGCCGAUGCCGGUGUCGUUGUCCAUGCCAGCGCCGAUGCUGCAGGACGAGUUUGUGGUGGGCGUGCAUGCGCACGACCCUACGGACAUCGAUAUCGACGUGGGGGAAGAUGAAGAUGAAGAGGACGAGGACGAGGAUACGGACGAAGAGGAUUCGGAUGAGGAAGACGAAGUGGACGAAGAAUCAGGAGAGUUAUCCGACGAAAUGUCGAUGGAUCUGGAAUGAUAUCCUCUGUCCUCUUAUCUUUUCUUCCCGCCCCCAAGCUCUCACAUAUUUCUCCUUCCGUCUUAUUUCGUUCUUCACCUCUCGCAUCUCUUCCAUGCCAACUCCCUCAUCUUGCCCUCUCGUGUCUCAACUCACUCGCUAUGUCUUCAAUCAUCUGUUUGUCCGUCCGUAUGCACCUGCCCACCCGUUGAUCUUGUAUGGAAGGAUAUCGAUAUCGUUUUGAUUUCUGGAUUUCCCGUUUUUGCGUUCUUUUCUUUUUUGACCUAUUGGAUUGGAUCGAAUUGACUCACAGCACAAAGAUGAUUGGUAUCUCCUUUCAAGUUGACCACCGUUCGAUGUUCCUAUGUCUAUAUCCCGAAUUUCGAAACCCGUCAUCGAUGAAUUGUACCAUAGUUUUCUCUUUCCGUCGCUCCAAUGUUUGCUUGCUUUCUAUCUACUUUCAACGCUACCCCUACUUACCCACAUACUCACA